AUGAGUACUAUUGCUAAUCCCGAUUGGCUCAUCUUAGGGUUGGUAGCUACUAAAGGAAGGAUUAAAAGAGAACUUGGAGACAGGAUACAACUAAGUAAGAUAGCAGGGUUUAUUUGGGGAGAAGCAGAUUCUAGCGAGAAGAAAAUGUUUGAAGAAUUGUCUACGCAGUUCAAGGAAUUUCACAAAUUAUUUUUCCCUAAUUACGAAUAUAAACCAACAUCAAAGGCUCAAGCUGUUGAGAAACAUCAUAACCUUUGGACUUAUAAAGAAAAUGUUUCAGAACAGAAAAGACAAUCAAAAAAUUACUUUACAGGGAAAUUAACAAUGCUCGUGGAUGGGAUCAUUCCUUUAUACCUAAGAAUUCUACAAAAAUUACAAAAAUCAACAUACCUUCAUAACCCCUUUGGCAUUUAUUUAUUGCCAAAGCAUCAUUAUGUGAUAUUUGAAAAUGGUGAUAAUUUAGGUUUCUGA